AUGUGGCGUAAUAAUUUCGGUGCCCUUACGUGUGAGUCCUGUCGCACGUUCUUCAGGAGAAAUGCCACCAGAGCUGAGGGUUUGUUUUACUCACACAAAGAAAAGCAAAGUAUAGUUAAAUAUGAAAGCAAUCAAAUAAGAGGCGAAGAGAGCAACAAGUGUUCAAUGGAUCACAUCUCGAGUCUAAUCAAAGGAUUUAUAUUUAAUUUCAAUGAACAGGAAAUGCAUCGAUUGAGACAAUUGUUUAGUUCAACCGUUUAUUUGAGAGAUCCGGUGGCGAGGGUUACAUCGGAUCCGCAGACAAUACCAGAAGUGAAUCGUGUGUUUCAACACAGA